AUGAAGGUAUGUGUAAUUGGUGGAGGACCUGCAGGACUGUACACUGCAGCUUCCUUACUAUCGAGAGACGUCAAUGUAACACUAUACGAGAAGGAACCAGAGCUAGGGGGGCUGUACAGAUACUCCUUGCUCCCUGAGUCGAGAAUGUCUCCAUUUACGAAACUACUGGAGCACAAGAACUUUUCUUUGAAAUUGAAUUCCAAAAUUGAUCUUGAGAAGCUAAGUGGUAUGGAAAAGGAAUUUGAUGCUUUCGUUAUUGCUACAGGACCUGGAGGGCCAAGAAAGCUGGCAAUUCCUGGAGCAGACCAUUGCAUCGGCAGUCUUGACAUAGCAAAAUCGUGGGCAGGAGAAGAGCCAAAAUACACAGUAGGAAGCAAGGUUCUGAUUGUUGGGAUGGGAGACGUCUCUAUGGACAUUACAAAAUAUCUUUUUGGAUGGGCCGGGCCUCAGUUCAAGUUUCCGAAAAAUGCUCUUGAAAGAGUAAAAGAAGUUAGAGAUGUAACCAUCACAUCUAGAAGAAAUGUCUUGGAAAGUUCAUUCUCCAACCAUGGGCUGAGAAGCGUACUUGAAAUUCCAAGGCUAGGAUUCAGCUGGUCCUCGCCAAAAGACAUAUCUUGCCCGGACAAAGACAAGACCAAAGACCUUGAGCAGAAAUUCACUUAUCUGCAGAAAGAUGAUGGGAAAAAAGACAAUAUUAAUAAGUGGAAGGAGAGAAGACUAAGGCUGUUCCAAGGAGUCAGAGAGGGGGCCAAAAGACUCAGGCUGAUGUUCAACACUAACAUAAAGUCAAUAGAAAGAGUUGGAAGGCAAUACAAGGUGAAGAUGGAGCAGGGUGGAAUUCCCAUCGAGGAAUACUUCGACACAGUGAUAUCUAGUGUGGGCUUCAGCAGGGCAGAUCCCAGAAGUUUAGGAUUUACAAAGCCUGUGUAUUAUGUUGGAUGGGCAAAGCAUCCAAAGGGGAAUGCCGAAAGAGCAAAAGAGGAUGCCCAAGAUGUUGUAAACAAAAUAGUUGAAAUGAAGAAAAUGUAG